GCGCAGAUGCGGGCCCUGCUGGACCAGCUCAUGGGCACGGCCCGGGACGGUUCAGUGUAUCUUUGCCUGCCUACAUCAAUCUGCAAGGGAGUUGCAGAAAAGCCUCAUGUUCAUCGAGCCGUGAGUCACAACCAAUUUCUAAGCUGUUAUAACAAAAAAGUGUUUGCUUUUUUUCACAAGUAACUUUAAAAGUGUAGUUUAGAAAGAAAACAUUUUCAAUAAAAAGACACUACAUUAAUCCUGGAUGCUUGCAAAUCCUAAAAUAUAUUCCUCCUUUAGUAUUACACAGCUCUGUGUCAUAUACACAGAUUAGCUUUAAAAUUUGUCACAUUCCACUUUGCCUUUACUUUUAUGUAUCAUUCCCCUGACUUCCUUACUGCAGGUUGGGCAAGAAAACUUUUCCUUUAAAACUUUUCAACAGCGGGCAUAAAAUUCUGCAGCUGAGGUCUUGAAGAAUGCAGAUGGGAGACGAAACCAGACAGAGGGUCAAGUUUACAGAUGACCGUGUCUGCAAGAGUCACCUUCUGGACUGCUGCCCCCACGACAUUCUGGCUGGGACGCGCAUGGAUUUAGGAGAAUGUACCAAAAUCCACGAUUUGGCCCUCCGAGCAGAUUAUGAGAUUGCAAGUAAAGAAAGGGACCUCUUUUUUGAAUUGGAUGCGAUGGAUCACUUGGAGUCCUUUAUCGCUGAGUGUGAUCGGAGAACUGAGCUUGCCAAGAAGCGGCUGGCAGAGACGCAGGAGGAGAUCAGUGCAGAAGUUUCCGCAAAGGCAGAAAAAGUACAUGAGUUGAACGAAGAAAUAGGGAAGCUUCUUGCUAAAGCUGAACAGCUAGGAGCCGAAGGAAAUGUGGAUGAAUCCCAGAAGAUUCUUAUGGAAGUGGAGAAAGUCCGUGCAAAGAAAAAAGAAGCUGAGGAAGAAUACAGGAAUUCCAUGCCUGCAUCCAGUUUUCAGCAGCAGAAGCUGCGUGUUUGUGAAGUCUGCUCAGCCUACCUUGGUCUCCAUGACAAUGACCGUCGUCUUGCAGACCACUUCGGGGGCAAGUUACACUUGGGGUUCAUUCAGAUCCGUGAGAAGCUCGAUCAGUUAAGGAAAACUGUGGCUGAAAAGCAGGAGAAGAGAAAUCAGGAUCGGCUGAGGAGGAGAGAGGAGAGGGAGCGGGAAGAACGACUGAGCAGGAGGUCUGGAUCAAGAACCAGAGAUCGCAGGAGGUCGCGCUCCCGGGACCGGCGUCGGAGGCGGUCAAGAUCUACCUCCAGAGAGCGGCGGAAGUCAUCCCGAUCCCGGUCCCGAGACAGACACCGGCGCCACCGAAGCCGUUCCCGGAGCCACAGCCGGGGCCACCGCCGGGCAUCCAGGGACCGGAGUUCGAAAUACAAGUUCUCCAGAGAGCGGGCCUCGAGGGAGGAGUCCUGGGAGCGCGGGCGGAGUGAGCGGGGGGCCACCGACUGGAGGCUCGAGAGCACCAACGGGAAGACGGCGUCACGGAGGUCGGAGGAAAAGGAGGCCGGCGAGAUCUGAACCCACGCCCAGGCGCUGUAAAUAGUCCGAUACAUGUUUGACACAGCCUAACGUUACCCUUUAUAUUUGCUGAAUACAACUCAUCUUUUGUAGUUUACCAUUUCUAUUGUUUUGGAGCUAGCUGUGAGUUUCUCAAGAUGUACAGAGUUGCUCCUGUGUUCUGGGUUAUGUCAAGUGGGAAUAAAUAGCCUGACAGACUGCC